CCUUAUUACUCUUUUAUAUAUACUAUCCCAUUCUCCCCCCUUCUUGGCUUCUCUCCUCGUUCUUCCUCGUCCUCGUUCGAUCCCUCUCCGUUCCUCCAAGCCCCUCGCGCUCACCCCCCAAAUCUACCCUCGAGGUUGCUCCUUAGCUCCUCUUGGGUCCUUAUCUUCCUUCAAAAUCCGAUCUUGGAACGAUCCUCGACGACAUCCUCGACCGCAGCAAGCACGCAUGCAGGGGAGGAGCGCGGCUGCGUGACGAGGAGCCCUCGGCUGGCGGCGAAGGCGGAGAUGGGGACCUCGGAGACGGAGGAGGCGGAGGCGCCGACGGCCGGGCCGGCGCAGGUAGUUAGGGUGAAGCGGGAGCGUCUGGUAGCGCGAAUGACAUGCCCCAUCUGCCACAAGCUCCUCCGGGACGCCACCACCAUCUCCGAGUGCCUCCAUACGUUUUGCAGGAAGUGUAUAUAUGAGAAACUUAAUGAAGAAGAGGCAGAUUGCUGCCCUGUAUGCAAUAUUCCUCUGGGUUGUGUACCUGUAGAAAAGCUCAGAGCUGAUCACAAUCUGCAAGAUUUGAGAGCAAAGAUAUUUCCUCUCAAGAAAAAGAAGGCUGGAGCUCCUGAUACAGUUCCUUCCAUUGAACUGCCUGUUAAAAGAAAAGAAAUAUCUCUUUCUUCAUUGGUUGUGAACAGUCCUCGAAUUGCUACACAAACUGGUCUGACAGGAAGGCGAAAAAAAGUAGUUGGCAGUAGGGCUGCCACAAUUCAUGGACGGAAUCCUGCUACUGGUGAAUUCAAUAAAAAUGAGAAUGAUAUUGUUGAUAAGUCAGCCAAAAAGUCAAGCUCAAAUGGGAAUCCAAGCAGGCUGAUCCCAAGCAGAAAACAGGCUUCUUCGGGUGCCGAGAUAUCCAACAACCUUGCUAAUAAAAAUAUAGAGAAUGGUGGAAAACCCCUUGUGGAUAAGGCAGAGCUUUGGAAACCCUUAAAUUGUUUGGUUGAAGCCGCAAAUAGAACAAAGUCUUUUAGGUCCAGCCCACACAAAUCUGUUAUUAAGGCAGAGGAAAAAAAUGUUUCUGAUAGUGAAGUAAAUAUUAACAAAACUAGGGUUGAGGAACAUAUUCAUAAGUCCAAAGUAAAAGAUGAGAACUUUGACAAUGUUAAAAUGCCUCCAAUGACAGCAAAGGCCAGAAGGAUAAAGGGAGUCGGCCAGAAAAGGAGGAAACUUGCGAACUCCAUUCAAAUGUUGCCUGAUGCUGCAAAUGCUCAAAGUGAUAGGAGGAUAACUCCAUUGUGGUUUUCCUUAGUUGCUUCUUUUGACCAGACAGGAGAUUCCUCAUUGCCCCAGAUAUCAACUAGUUAUUUAAGGAUAAAAGAUGGCAAUGUGCCAGUUUCAUACAUUCAAAAGUACCUCGUCGUGAAGCUUAAUCUUGUCAGUGAAGCCGAGGUGGAAAUCACAUGUCGUGGCGAAAUGGUGAGGCCCACGAUGUCUCUGCACAGCUUAGUAAGACAGUGGCUGCAAGGGGGAACACCACAGAGGCUGCAGGCAGUUAUUGGGACAUCAGCCAAAGAAUUCGUGGUAGUGCUAGGCUACAGGCGCUGCAGGCUUUCAGCCCAAUGAAUGCAAAGCAACAACAAUCUCGAACAAUAUUUCAAUUGAAACGUCCCUUGCCUGCUGAUUCUUCGGCAUUCAGGGGUGGUCAAAUGGACCUCCCUCUUGCAUCUGAGGUGCUUCUCAUAUGUUUGAUCAGCCUCUUCUCUUUAUAAAUGUAUGUGAGCAAAUGUUUUACUUCAUGAGAAUGUAUUCUUAUUCGUAUAACUUGGUCUAUAAAAGUGGUGCUGUGUUACUGACCUUAA